AUGAAGUACAAGCGCCUCCUGCAGAAGGAUCAACACCAGACAGCGACCAGAGGCGGUGAGUUCAGUUUCCUGCCCGUCGGUAUGACCCCGGCCAACAGCCAGCACGGCAACGGAGUUGCUGGACUUGCAAUGCCCACAGCCUAUUUUCAGCCACUGCUUACCACCGACUUGAUGCCCUCGUCGAGUUCUGCUGCGGCAGCCUCCACGUCUUUCAUCGACCCUCAGCACUCGGCUGUUGGUCAGCGCCACAUGGUUACUCCCUCUUAUUGGACAGGUCAACCGGAGAUGACUCGUCCCGGCCCCGGCGACACAAUCCCACAGGCGGCCCCUCAGAGCACUCACUUCAUUGCGCCAAACUCCAUGAUAGUCCAUCACCAACAGCAACAGCAGCAGCAGCAGCAACAACAACAACAGCAACAACAGGGUCAAGUUGCUGCCGUCGUCACAGCCAAUCCCGCCCCAGCGGCCUAUUUUACGGGCGCCCUACAGGUCUCAACGCCAGUUCAGCCCAAAUUGCCCAACUCCCCGGUUGCUAUGCUGCCCUCAGGAAUGUCUCUCGUCUCCGGCACGACAAGCGCCCCUCGGGCAAUACACAGCAUGCCGCCACAGGCCUCCUCCACGGCAUCGCUUAUCUCGCAACCCUCAAUCAUGGCUACCUCUUCUUCGGCUCCGGUAACUCCGAUGAAGGGGAGCCCUGGAGGUUCAGUCAACGGGCGUCAGAGGCAACGAAAGAGUAAGUCUGCAGUUUGA